CUAUAAUAGUGGUAGUUUGUAUAUGAAGAGUCUCUCUCUCUCUGUCUCUCUCUCUCGAGCGAGAAAAACAAAAGAAGAAGAAAAAAUGGCUUCUCUCUUUAGAGACCUCUCAUUAGGCCACUCGAAGAGAGAGUCACCACCGCUAAAACCACCGCUAAAACCACAGCAAUUAUCCAUAAUGCCCUCUAAACCCAUUAUCACCACCACUGAUCUCGACUCGCCACUGGGUCAACUCGCUACCCAACUCACCGAUCCCGACCUCCGAUCUACCGCUUACGAGAUCUUCGUCGCCGCUUGCCGUACUUCCUCAGGAAAGCCCUUAACGUACACCCCCAACCCGUCCAAUUCUGACUCAACCACGAACCACUCGAAUCACUCCCCUAACUCGCCUGCUUUACAACGCUCACUCACCUCUGCUGCUGCUAGCAAGAUGAAGAAAGCUUUUGGGCUGAAGUCUCCUGGUUCGGGCUCUAAGAAGAGUCCUGGGUCGGGUUCGAGUUCUGGGUCGGGUCAGGGGAAGGUGAGGAGAGCUUUGACCGUUGGUGAGUUGAUGCGGGCUCAAAUGCGGGUCAGUGAGACUGUGGAUUCUAGGAUUAGAAGGGCUUUACUGAGGAUUGCUGCCGGUCAGGUUGGGAGGCGAAUUGAGUCAGUUGUUCUUCCGCUGGAGCUGCUGCAGCAGCUCAAGCUUUCGGAUUUUACUGAUCAACAAGAAUAUGAAGCGUGGCAGAAGAGAACCAUGAAAGUUCUUGAGAAUGGACUACUUCUGCAUCCUCAUGUGCCACUUGAUAAGUCAAAUCCUACUUCACAGCGGCUGCGGCAAAUUAUUCAAGGAGCUAUGGAUAGGCCUAUAGAGACUGGAAAGAACAAUGAGUCUAUGCAAGUGCUUCGCAGUGCUGUUAUGUCCUUAGCUAGUAGAUCUGACGGGUCACUCUCAGAGAUAUGCCACUGGGCUGAUGGGAUUCCAUUGAACCUUCGACUCUAUGAAAUGCUUUUACAAGCCUGCUUUGAUGUUAAUGAUGAAACAUCUGUAAUUGAUGAAAUUGAUGAACUUUUGGAACACAUAAAGAAGACUUGGACAAUCCUUGGAAUGAAUCAAAUGCUCCACAAUCUUUGCUUCACAUGGGUUUUAUUUCACCGCUUCGUUGCAACUGGUCAAGCAGAAACAGAUCUGCUGGAUGCAGCUGAUGGUCAGCUAGCAGAAGUUGCGAGAGAUGCAAAGACAACAAAGGAUCCACAAUACUCCAAGAUUUUGAGUUCUACAUUGAGUUCAAUUUUGGGAUGGGCUGAGAAAAGGCUUCUCGCAUAUCACGACACUUUUGACAGUGGGAAUGUUGAGACCAUGCAGGGAAUUGUUUCUCUGGGGGUGUCGGCAGCCAAGAUUUUGGUUGAGGAUAUAUCUAAUGAGUAUCGCAGAAAGAGAAAAGGUGAAGUGGAUGUGGUUCGUGCCAGGAUUGACACAUAUAUCAGAUCCUCACUGCGCACUGCUUUUGCUCAAAGAAUGGAGAAAGCAGACUCAAGCCGGAGAGCAUCCAAAAACCAGCCAAAUCCUCUUCCUGUUCUUGCCAUCCUUGCAAAGGAUGUUGGUGAGUUGGCAGUUAAUGAGAAGCAAGUAUUUAGUCCGAUACUGAAAAGAUGGCAUCCUUUCUCAGCUGGUGUUGCUGUGGCCACGCUUCAUGCUUGCUAUGGAAAUGAGAUAAAACAAUUCAUAUCUGGUAUAGCGGAAUUAACACCAGAUGCUGUACAAGUGCUUAGAGCUGCAGAUAAGCUGGAGAAAGAUCUUGUGCAGAUUGCUGUAGAAGAUUCAGUGGACAGCGAUGAUGGUGGGAAGGCAAUAAUCCGUGAAAUGCCUCCUUAUGAAGCUGAAGCUGCAAUUGCUGAUCUGGUAAAAGCAUGGAUCAAAGCAAGACUAGACAGGCUCAAGGAAUGGGUUGACAGGAAUUUGCAACAAGAGGUCUGGAAUCCGCAGGCAAAUCAAGAAGGAUAUGCUCCCUCUGCUGUUGAAGUUUUGCGGAUUAUUGAUGAAACUUUGGAUGCAUAUUUUCAGCUGCCAAUACCAAUGCAUCCGGUGUUGCUACCUGAUUUGAUGACUGGCCUUGACAAAUGUCUUCAGUAUUAUGCAACUAAGGCAAAAUCUGGCUGUGGAUCACGGAAUACAUAUGUUCCAACUAUGCCAGCAUUGACCAGAUGUACUAUGGAAUCAAAGUUUGCAUGGAAGAAGAAAGAGAAGUCAGCAAACACUCAAAAGAGGAAUUCUCAGGUUGCAACAAUGAAUGGGGACAAUUCUUUUGGGGUUCCUCAGUUGUGUGUUCGUAUAAAUACUUUGCACAGAAUCCGAUCAGAGUUGGAUGUUUUAGAGAAGAGAAUAAUAACCCAUUUGAGGAACUCAGAAUCUGCACAUGCAGAAGACUUUUCAAAUGGUUUGGCAAAGAAGUUUGAAUUGACACCAGCUGCUUGUAUAGAAGGAGUUCAAGCACUCAGUGAGGCUGUUGCUUACAAACUCGUUUUCCAUGACUUGAGUCAUGUUUUCUGGGAUGGUUUGUACGUUGGAGAACCAUCAUCUUCUAGGAUUGAACCUUUUAUCCAGGAGGUUGAGCAGAAUUUGCUGAUCAUUUCAAACAUCAUGCAUGAAAGAGUUCGUCCACGUGUUGUUACUGACAUAAUGAGAGCUUCCUUUGAUGGAUUUUUGCUUGUUCUGCUUGCGGGAGGCCCUUCUCGUGCUUUCAUGCGUCAGGACUCUCAGAUAAUAGAGGAUGAUUUCAAAUCCCUUAAAGAUCUAUUUUGGGCCAACGGGGAUGGCCUGCCUACUGAGUUGAUAGAUAAGUUUUCAACUACAGUCAGAAGUAUACUUCCCCUUUUCCGAACAGAUACAGAGAGUCUCAUUGAGCGUUACAGACGUGUUACGUUGGAGACAUAUGGCUCUUCUGCCAGGUCUAAACUUCCAUUACCUCCAACUUCAGGACAGUGGAAUCCUACGGACCCAAACACACUUCUUCGUAUGUUGUGUUAUCGGAAUGAUGAAGCAGCAUCGAGGUAUCUUAAGAAGACUUACAAUUUGCCCAAGAAACUGUAAUACACUGAAGCGCUGCACAUGGUAACAAGUCUGGUUCUACUUGUCUGCAGCCAAGAUGAACCAAGCAAAAUACUGCCUAUGGCAUGCUUGGAUAAGCUGGGCCUUUUUAGGAAGUUGCAGGAAACUUGUAUAGUACACUGAAAGUGCCUCUGGCUCUUUACCAGGACCAGCAAUCCCGAGUGAAGAAAAUUGAUAGGGCAUGAGUCUUUCCAUUGCGAAGCUUGUUUGUUGACUGAAGUGGUAGAGGAUCCAACAUUAUUUAUUUGAUUAUAUAUUCACAGCUCUACAGAUUUCUCUGUCCAUUCCCUACUGCAUAUUUUUUGUACCUUUCCGAGGUUCUUUUUUCUUAUCUCGAUAAAUUCCAUGCUAGUGAGAUGUAUUUCUUUAUUAAAUGGUGCAGGCCUGGUAUAGCAUCAUCAUGUUGAUUGUAGUGCUUGUAUUUUUAUUUUAUUUUUCUAUUAGCUUUGUAUUAUAAAGGCAGCCCCUUCUCUUGAUUAUUUGAUUUGUUUCCCUGUU